AUGAUCAAAACUACCGAGCCUUCCAAGAAGAAGGAGGGAGCCUAUCACCAGGUUCACUUUUCGGACGAGGAAGAUGAGGCCCGUGCUUCUGGCUCUGGUUCUCUGAGCAACGGCAAGCAGAAGCAGAAGGAGAAGGAGAAGGAGCGUGAAAAAGACGCUCCUUCCUCGCCUGGAAGCGAGAACACCGACGAAAAGCAUAAAAGCGACCGUGACCGCGUCGGCAGCCGAAACACCAACACCAACACAACUUAUCGUCCUGCUCCCAUCAUCGGCGCCAACCCUACGCACGGCGUCAGCUACGGAACACACUUCUCGACCAACCCUGGUCGCUCAGUUGGCCCUGCUGGCUAUAUCAACUUCUCUGCCAACCUCAAGAACCCCGGCAGCAACCAGCUUCCGACCAUCAAUCAGAUCCCGCUCAACACCAACCCCGGCCACAUCAUCCCCGACCCAGCCAUGGCCGAUUACCAGUUUGGCGGUCCUCGCCCUGCUGGCCCCAGCUACCAGCCCCCCGUUCCUGACACGACCUAUGGACCCAUGACCCAUGUCUACCGCCCUCGGUUUGACAAUGGUGCUUACUUUGUCCAUGGUCAGAAUAUGGGCCUUCAUCCCCCCAUGGUCGUCCCCGUCCAGCCUGGCAUGAUGCAGCCUAGCAUGCCCCACAACCCCGGCAUGGUCCCCCAGCACAUGGUCAUGAAUGCUCCCAUGGUUCAGCCUGGCAUGUCUGGCUACCCCGUCAUGGGUAAUGGCAUGGUGAUGGGUCCUCCUCACGCAGCCAUGGGCUUUGGCGGCGUUGUUGGUGGCGGUGGCGGCCCCCCUGGUGCUCCUCCUCCUAGCGUGCUGAUCGCAGGUAACAACCCUCUUCAUCUUCCUCCUGACGUUUCUGGCGUCGGUCGCACAUCUGGCGAGGUGGCUCUGGAGAACGCCCAGUUCGCUUACGCCAACGGCCUCUAUGAGCCCCAGGACUUUAAGCCUGCCGAUGACGACCCCUCGCGCUACUACCCGGUUCGUGAGGUGGAUGGUAACUGGACCCAGCGCAACCGGUAUACUAUUGACAACCUCGGCGAUUGCCGCUGGAACCGAUUCUGCAUAGCUAAGAAAAUUCACGAAGAUAUCCCGUGA